AUGCUCGCCCGCAUCGACACCACAUCCGCCAGGCCCUCGCGGCGGCCGUACGGGCCGCGCUCCGCGUGUUCGCCCUCUAUAACACCCAUGACGACGAUCAGCUCGACGGGAGUGCACUUCGGAGACAUUCGGAAGGCGCGCUCGGGGACAAGCACGAUCCGCAUAUCGCCUCCCCAGACUUCUCUGCCUUCCGACGCCGACACAGAGCAAGAUCCCUUGUUUGAUCUCAUUUGCGAGAGCAAUCACAGCGACUCCGCGCCGCGCCGAUACCACCUCAAGCUUGUGGACAUCGACUCAAUAUCGUCGGACGAGGACAGCCCCUUUGGCUCUCUUUUUUCUUUCACCGCAUCCCCCAUCGACAGCCCCACGUACUCCACGGCAUCUUUCCUCCCCAUACAACUCGCCCCACGCCCGCACGCCCGCCCAUUGACACCCUCCACACCCGUAUCAUUCUUCUCGCCUUUCAGUCCGACCUUCGCGACCAACGCCCCACCGGUUUCCAACACCCGCACGCCGCUGGCACGCGCACCCACGCUUCGCACCGGUGACCGCGUCGACCGUUGGUUGACGGGCGGGCUCGAGCCCCCAAUGACGCCUGUCGUCUUCGACACCAAGCUACACGAGCACCGGGCGGCGGAGGAGACGGGCCAAUCCGACUGGCGUGCGAUUGUCGACGAGUUCCUGGAGGACGCCGAGUUCGAAUUCGAGCUUGAUGAUCCGCGCCCCGCUGGGUCCCGAUCCGGCUAA